AUGAGCUCUCACCAUAGUUUUGAGGUCACUAUAAAGAGCACAGUUUCUACCGAAGUUACGACUCCAGAAAAACCUAUCGUAUCUAUAAAGUUGACAGAGAUGCGCGUGCGCUCCGAGGUAGCGCUGCGCUACGCGCGCACGUCUGUGCUCACCCACGUGCACAACCCCGACGCGCGGCCGCAGGAGGUCACCUUCCGCAUGCUGCUGCCCGACACCGCCUUCAUCAGUGGCUUUACUAUGAUUCUGGACGGAAAAUCAUAUAAGGCGUAUGUUAAAGAAAAAGAAGAAGCUAAGAAAAUUUAUAAUCAAGCAGUAUCUCAGGGUAUUAGUGCAGCAUAUGUCGCUACUAAGGCUCGCGACUCCAACCAGUUCGUGGUGUCAGCCAACGUGGAAGGUAAUACUACAGCAGUCUUCGACUUAAGAUACGAGGAAUUCCUGGAACGUAGGAACGGGUUGUACAACCACGAUAUCAAUCUGCAUCCUGGUACUUUAGUACCAAAAUUGGAAGUAGUUGUCCAUAUCAGAGAAUCGCAGAAGAUUACUAAACUUCAUGUUCCUGAAAUCAGAACUGGCAACGAAGUUGAUGCAACAGAGGAAGAUCGGCAAAACUCGAAAGCGGUUAUUGUAAGAGGAGCUGACAAAGGAGAGAUAACCAUCACUUUUACUCCUGAUCUUGAGGAACAAAAGAGACUUGCUGAAAUAUACGUGGAGAAAACUAAAGAAAAAAGUUCACCUGGAAGGAAUACCAGCGAUAAAGAGAACAAGCGAGACAGUACCGCGCUUGGACAGUUUGUAGUGCAGUACGAUGUAGAACAAUCUAAUAAUGGUGAAAUCUUUGUAAACGAAGGGUAUUUCGGUCACUUUUUUGCCCCUUCUUCAUUGUAUCCAUUGAGUAAAUAUGUGGUAUUCGUGCUUGAUACUUCGGGAUCCAUGAUGGGCCGCAAAAUCGAGCAACUGCAUAGUGCCAUGAAUGCCAUACUCUCCGACCUCAAUCCAAAUGACCGCUUCAGCAUGGUCGAAUUUAACUACGGUGUUACGGUUCACGAUUUGAACAAAACCGAUCAAGCGGCUCCUACGAGGUCUCCCAUCAUACUAAACCCAAACGUCAACUCCCUUAAUACUAGUGUUACAUUGGUGCCACCCUUUAUUGCCUCACCCGAAAACAUUGCUAAAGCAAAAGUUAUUGUGUCCAAACUAAAGGCUUCUGGAGGUACCAAUAUAUACGAUGCACUGGAUGUGGCCUUAAAUUUGGUAAUAAAGGGUGUUGAUCUGGAAACCGAAAAAGAUCUGAUAAGUGAAGAAAGCGACUGUGAUGUUGGAUAUUAUUAUGACGAUUUACUGGAAGAAUACUAUGAGCUGGAACCAGUCAUCAUCUUCCUCACCGACGGCGAGCCAACUGUGGCUGAAACUAAUACCAAUCGGAUCAUCUCUUACAUUACUGAGAAGAACUCUGGAGACAAUCGGGCGUCCUUGUACUCACUCGCUUUUGGUGAAAGUGCGGACCGCGCGUUCUUGCGCAAGCUGUCGCUGCGCAACGAGGGCUUCAUGCGGCACAUCUACGAGGCGGCGGACGCGGCGCUGCAGCUGCACCACUUCUACCGACAGGUGUCCUCGCCGCUCCUCUCCCACGUGCAGUUCUUCUACCCUCAAGAACAGAUAAAAGAAGAGACAGUGAGUCGUAACCGAUUCCGUGUAAUUAACGCUGGCUCCGAGGUGGUAGUGGUGGGACAGAUCGAAGAAGACGCAACCGAGAUCACGCCACAAGUUACCGGCUUCUAUGGCAGUGAAAACGGCCUCGGCAGGAUUCGUUACGAAGUAUUCCCAAGAGUUCCCGUGAAAUGCAGGAAGGAUAAUUACUUGCCUCUGGAGCGCAUGUGGGCCCACCUCACCAUCAAGCAGCUGCUGGACUUGCGUGACGCUGGUGACGAUCAGAGCACCAAUGCCACCAGCGCGGCUGAGAAGCAAGCUUUGGCGUUAGCACUCAAGUAUGAGUUCGUAACACCUCUGACGUCACUAGUAGUAGUCAAGCCGAACGCAACCAACUCAGUUGACGUCGAGUCCGUUGACAAGCUACCAACGCAAACAAACUUUGCUUUGGGUGCGUCGUCGGCGCAAUUUGCACCUGCAUCUAUGAUUGUUAACCGCAGAGCUCCAGCUCUCUCGAAAGCUGCGCCAGCUAGGGCAGCUACUCCAGCUGUGUUGUCGAAGCAAAAAGCUGUAUCAGUUGCCGAUGGAGUAACUGCUUCCCCAACUGCGCCGUCUGUGCAAGGUUCGCCAGUCGCGUCUCUUGCACCACCUGCACCUGCGGUUUCGCCUGGAGCAGAUUAUCAUCUGGAAGAGUUUAUGUGGACGACAGCGAUACUUGACAACACCGCUGACGCACUAGUAAUUGACGACAACGGGAUCAAAGUUCUUAAGCUCACGAAGGAUGUUAACCCGCCGAAAGAGGCUGGUGGUGACGGCGAAUGCCUGAACAGAUUACCACUGGCGGCGCAAGCGGCGGCGGGCGUCAAUGCCACAAGUGUGUGCGUGUAUCUCACACGCUGCAACGCCGCCCGAAACAUCACGCCCGAAGAAUAUCGGGACAGUUGCUGUUUUAUCAACAACAGGUUCGCUGGUGUUUGCUGUCCGAAAAAUGAAGUCGACAUAAUAUAAGGUCUUGAAAUUG